AUGGCUUCCCUGGGACAGAUCAUCUUCACCAGCAUGAUUAUCCUCAUCAUCCUAUUCUCUACGAUCAUCAUCCUCAUCUUAGCCAUAGCGUUCGCAGGUAAGAGCCCUUUGUCUGAGGCACAGAGCAGCAACAGAUCACCCAUUGCCAACCUUGGUGAGGAUGAGCUUCUCAGCUGCUAUCUUCACACAACCAGCGAAAAAAACACAUUCAGUCAAGUGUCAGUAAGUUGGGAGAAGACGUCACUGAGUGGGGUAGUUUACGAUUAUUACAGCGGAGUUGCAGAUUUUACAGACCAGAACUUGCAGUUCAAAGGAAGAACUCAGUUCUUCCCUGAAACUUUGGUCCAAGGGAACGCUUCGCUGUUGCUGAGGAGUGUAAGACAAAGUGAUGAGGGGGAGUACACCUGCUAUGUUAGCUCCGCCGAAGGUGAUGGGCAGGUCAGCAUUAACCUGAGAACAGCAGCUUUUACAGCGCCAAAAUUUACAGUCUCAAAUGGCACCCUGACUGCUGAGGCAAACAGGUGGUUCCCUAAACCAAACGUGACAUGGUUGGACUAUUUUGGGAAGGUCCUACAGGGGAGCACGAGCUUCAUGCAAAACACUGCAGGGAUAUCCAGCAUAGUGAGCACGCUGAAACCAUUCAAUAUCAGCGACACUUACACCCUCAGGAUUCAAAAUGACUUGGUGACCGCAGUCUCUGAAGCAACAGCAACUCUGGAGAAGAAAGAGUCCAACCCCUCUCCAGGAGUUUGGUUCCAGGGCCAGUUGUGUGCAUAG